AUGUAUACUUCAUGUAUUGGUAAUGAAAAUAGGAACUUAGAGAUUUCUAUCAAAUCUAAUACCACUGCUGGCCAGCCAAGUACUAUGGUUAACUAUGGGACUCAUCGAGUGGCUUUGAGUGAUGUCACAUCUCAGGUUAAUAAUCGUCAUAAUAGAGGAAGUUCUCUGUAUAAACAUGAGGGUGGGUUCGAGAGGAAAUCUCUAAUUGCGUCCUCUCAUCCUAGUGUGUCGAGUGUACAAAGUUUAAUACAGCACAGUGACAGUACCGAUGCAUUCAGAGACCGUAAGGAUGUUGAUGAUGAUGAUGUUUACUUUCGUGAUGGGUGUAUUGGUAUCGAGGGGGAUGACGUUGAAGGGCGUGCUAAGAUGGGAGAUGUGAACGAAGACACCGAAGGAGUCGAGCCUUUAUUACCUAUUAUCAAUGAUGAGAUCUGCGAUUUUGUGCAGCAGAUUACAGAGCAGCUACAGAGAGAGAAUCCUGAUCCGUUGGAUGAGGAUACUUGGGACGCUGUGAUGGUUGCCGAGUAUGCACCAGAGAUAUUUCCGUAUUUGCGUACACUAGAAGGAAAAUACGCUCCGAACUCGAACUACAUGCAGUUCCAGCCAGAGUUGAAAUGGUCUUACAGAGCCACGCUAAUAGAUUGGAUUGUACAAGUUCACGGGAGGUUUCUGUUGCUUCCUGAGACAUUAUAUCUCACCAUGAACAUCAUUGAUAGAUUUUUAAGCAAAAAGACCGUAACCUUGAACAGGUUUCAACUAGUGGGUGCCGCAGCGUUAUACAUUGCAUCCAAAUACGAAGAGAUAAACUGCCCGACAUUAAAGGAGAUGUUAUAUAUGCUGGACAAUGCAUACACCGGGGAAGAGGUUUUAAAAGCGGAGAGAUACAUGAUUGACACAUUAGAAUUUGAGUUUGGGUGGCCGGGACCUAUGUCUUUUUUGAGAAGAGUCAGCAAGGCUGACAAUUAUGAGUACGAUAUAAGAACCUUAGCCAAGUAUUUGUUGGAAACAACCAUAAUGGAGGCUCGUUUAGUAGCAGCACCGCCGAGUUGGUUAGCUGCAGGAGCAUACUAUUUAAGCAGAAUCAUAAUUGGUUACAACACAUGGACCAAAAAGCAUAUUUUUUACUCAGGAUACACAUCUGAGCAACUAGUACCUUUAGCCACUGUUAUUUUGGAGAAUUGCAGAAAUGCGGAAAAGAGCCACCAGGCCAUAUACGAAAAAUACUCAAAAAGCCGCCAUCGUCGGUCUGCUCAAGUGGUAGCCAGGUGGAUUGCAAUGGCGGAGGAGAACAUACAGGAAUCUUGA